GUGGAAGAACAGAAGUGUCUCACACGAUUAUCCUGACAAGGCCUAGCGUUACACCCCUGGGUAGUUGAACGGGGAUCGGCUACAUGUAUGGCCAUGGUCCUGUGAAAGUCAACAAGUCAGCUAAUUAACUUUUUUUUCAGAAACAAUACGAGACAGUAAUAUAACAUAGUCUCUGCUUUAGUCGAAGCUCUCGCCGUCGUCAGGUUAAGUUAAAGCCGCGCCAGCUCGGCUAGUUAGUUAGCUAGCUAAAGACGCAGCUAGCUGUUCGCAGAGCAAGGAUCUCAAAAUUAGACCACGGUGUCUAUUUCAGGAUGUCAACUACGGGCUUCAACUCUCAGAACGGGGCAGGAGGAGGACAGGCGUACGCGAAUGGUCCAUCACAGAAUCCAGUAGCACUUCAGCAGCCACCAGGGGUCGGCUACGGCAUGACUCACCAAGCUCCAUACAACCUAAUGCAGCCCAAGGCUCCCAUGCCCCCCGGCCCUGGACUCUACCACUCUGGGCCGUACCAGCCUGUUCCCCCAGUCAGUUCCUACCAGUCCAGCCCCCCAGUCAGUUCCUAUCAGGCUCCUCCGGGUCAGCCCCUGUUAACCAGACCUCCAAUGGGGGGGCCACUACCCCAUACCCCUCCUCAGUCAGCCAGCCCCAGCCCUGGUCCCAGAAUGCCCCCUGCUCAGGCCACCCCUCCACCUCCUGCUGUGUCUUCUAAUAGCUACUAUCCAAAUGCUCAGCAGCAGCAGCCACCCAUGGCUCAUGCCUGGCAGUAUGGCACUGCUCCUCCACCGAUGGGUGCACCCCCUCCUAUGAAUACACCUUCUGGCGGCCCUGUGGCUAAUCACGUCAACCUGCCAGCAAGUUCGACAGCGCCACCACAGUCAUCAACAGCUUACAGCUCUCCACCACAAGGUCCUGUCUCCCAUAAUGCCACGCAGCCCCCUGGGCCAGGGAUGCCCCCGACCUCCCUCCAUGGAUACACACAUCCAGGCACUGCACCUCCACCAAUGAAUCCCAUGCCUCCCCACACAUACCAACCAGGCAGGCCUCCCUAUGGGCCCCCACCCACAGGCCCCCCACCGACCAUGAAGCCCGCUCCUCCCCCCACUGGACCCCCCAUGGGCAGUGCCACCCCUCCACCCCCCAAAGCAGAUGCUCAGUGUGGGGGGGCAGCAAACUGCACCCUGUCCCCCACUGAGCCCGACUACCAGGAGGGAGAUAUUGAAUGUCCAGGAACUAUGGCUGGUAAUGGUCCCCAAACCCCAAACACCUAUAAUCAUGUUGACAACAAAAUGGCUGGCCCGCCACAGUCAGGACCCCCUGGUCGGCAGUUGGGCCAUUACCCCUCCCUCCCCCCUGGGUACCAGAACACCUCAGCACCCCCCAGCAGCGCAUCCCCCAUGCACCCUCCAAUGCCGACUGCCACACAGCCUUACACCCAAGCACCUCAGCCAUACCAGCAGCCAUCUGCUGGCCCAGGGCCUGCCCAGCUGAGCCCCUCCCUGGCUGCUUUGAGCCUCCAGUCCAGCACCCCAGAGGCCCUGCGGGUGGUCAACCUGCUGCAAGAAAGGAACCUGCUGCCGCCAGGCCCCAUCCCCGCACCAACACCUUGCCUGCCCCAGGACCUGCAGAAGAUCAACUGCAACCCAGAGGUUUUUCGCUCAACCCUGACCAGCAUCCCUCAGACGCAGUCUCUGCUGAAUAAAGCCAAGCUGCCGCUGGGCCUGCUGCUCCACCCCUUCAAAGACCUCUCGCAACUUCCUGUGGUGACAUCCAGCACCAUCGUCAGGUGUCGCUCCUGCAGAACCUACAUCAACCCCUUCGUCUCCUUCCUGGACCAGAGGAGGUGGAAGUGCAACCUCUGCUACCGGGUCAAUGACGUUCCUGAGGAGUUCAUGUACAAUCCAGUCAGCAGAUCAUAUGGAGAACCACACAAAAGACCUGAAGUCCAGAAUGCCACCAUCGAGUUCAUCGCUCCCUCAGAAUACAUGUUGAGACCGCCGCAGCCUGCUGUUUACCUCUUUGUUCUGGACGUAUCCCACAAUGCAGUGGAGACGGGGUACCUGAAUAUGGUCUGCCAGUCACUUCUGGACAACAUCAAUGCGCUUCCUGGAGAUUCGCGGACAAAGAUAGGCUUCAUCACCUUUGACAGCACCAUCCACUUCUACAACCUCCAGGAGGGACUUUCCCAGCCACAGAUGCUCAUCGUGUCCGACAUCGAAGAUAUAUUUUUACCAACACCAGACAGCCUUCUAGUAAACCUCAGUGAAUGCAAAGAGCUGGUGCAGGAUCUACUGAAGAGCCUGCCUAAUCUGUUUGAGAAGACGAUGGAGACCCAAUCUGCCCUGGGUCCAGCUCUGCAGGCCGCUUUCAAGCUGCUGUCGCCCACUGGGGGGCGCAUGUCUGUGUUCCAGACACAGCUACCCAACCUCGGGGUGGGGGCGCUCAAGUCCAGAGAGGACCCCAAUCAGCGGGCGUCUGCCAAGGACAUCCAGCACUUAUCCCCGGCCACAGACUUCUACAAGAAGCUGGCUCUGGACUGCUCUGGCCAGCAGGUGGCGGUUGACCUGUUCCUGCUCAGCGCCCAGUACUGCGACCUGGCAUCACUUGGUUGCAUAUCCAGAUACUCUGCAGGCAGCGUGUACUACUACCCCUCCUACCACCACGCACACAACCCGGCCCAGGUUGAGCGCUUCCAGAAAGAUCUGAAGAGAUACCUGACCAGGAAGAUCGGCUUCGAGGCCGUCAUGAGGAUACGUUGCACCAAAGGUCUGUCCAUCCACACGUUCCAUGGAAACUUCUUUGUGCGCUCCACCGAUCUGCUCUCCCUUCCCAACGUGAACCCAGACGCUGGUUUUGCCGUUCAGAUGUCCAUUGAGGAAAACCUGUUGGACAUGCAGGUUGUCUCCUUCCAGGCUGCGCUGCUCUACACCUCCAGUAAAGGAGAGAGAAGGAUCCGUGUUCACACCAUGUGUCUCCCUGUGGUCAACUCUUUGUCAGACAUCUUCGCUGGUGCUGAUGUUCAGGCUAUCACUGGACUGCUGGCUAGCAUGGCUGUGGACCGCUCGGUGUCAGCCAGCCUCAGCGAUGCCAGAGAUGCGAUGACCAACGCAGCCAUAGACUCGCUGGCGUCGUACCGUCAGUCAGUGUUGACCAUCCAGCAGCCCGGCCUGCUGGCCCCGGCCUGCCUCAGACUCUUCCCCCUCUACAUCCUGGCCCUGCUCAAACAGAAAGCCUUCAGGACAGGUACAAGCACCAGGCUAGAUGACCGGGUGUUUGCCAUGUGUCAGCUGAAGUACCAGCCGCUGGCCUAUCUGAUGCUGAUGAUCCACCCUGCUUUAUACCGUGUUGACGACCUGACCGACGAGGGAGCUUUGAACAUAAAUGAGCGGACGAUCCCUCAGCCCAGAGUACAGCAGCUGUCUGUGGAGAAGCUCAGCAGGGAGGGAGCCUUCCUCAUGGACGCCGGAAUGGUGAUAUAUCUGUGGGUCGGAAGGAAUUGCAACCCCAACUUCCUCACGCAAGUCCUGGGGGUUCCCAACUACACUGCCGUGCCUCAGAACUUGUAUCUGCUACCAGAGCUUGACACUGCCGAGUCCCAGAGAACCAGGGCUUUCAUUGGUUGGCUGAGGGAUCAGAGGCCUUUCUUCCCUACCCUUCACGUCAUCAGGGAUGAGAGCCAGCUGAAAGCAAACUUUAUGCAGAACAUGAUCGAGGACCGAACAGAGUCGGCCUUGUCUUACUAUGAGUUUCUACUCCACCUCCAGCAGCAAAUCUCCAAAUAAUUGUCUGUUGGACUGUGGAGAUAAAGGAUGCGCAUCUGUGUGUAUAUGUAUGUAUGUGUGUGUGUGUGUUGUGUAUGCAUAUGGAUGUGUGUGUGUCUGUGUGUGUGAGAGCAGUGCGAGGCAUGUUCAGGGAUGCCUCUCGCACCAUCUCCAGCUGUGGUCCUCCAUUGCUUUGGAACAGCCUCCUGUGAGCUGAGCUGAGCUGAUGUGAAGCGUCACUAACAAAUCAAACUAUCUGACGGACUGGCCGAGGACGGAGACACAAAGCUCUUGAUUCUGAUGCUGUUUUGGCACUUUUUUCCCCCUCCCAGCUGGAGCAUCUUGUUGGAAAUGAAAGAAAAGCAAUUAAUCCAUGGCGAUCAUGAUGAUGAUUCUGUGUGUCAGUGAUGGAAUGAAUCAGUGUUUAUUCUCAUAGAACAAUGCUGUCUAACAGAGGUAUCAUUCAGAUACAGUGCAGGCAAUGGAUGUGUGAAGUCUUUUUGUUCAAAAAGCACAGUUGUCUUUACUAAUGUAAGUAAAGUGUAUGUAUGCUUAAGGCUAGGUUCAUUGAGGAUGAUCAGUUUGUCUGCGCUCAAAGACUGUUAUUGGUUGUCACCUCGAGCAUUUGUAUACAGUACACCUGAGCUCUAACAAUACUCUCUAAUAUAGUAGUGAAGGACAGAAUGUGUGAUCUUUUUUUUUAUUUCUCUGUCAUUAUAAUUGUGUGUCGAACAAAUCUGUAGACUUUAUUGUACACGGCAGAGAGGUGAAAGAUGUUUGAAGGCAGUCCCACUUCGCUCUAAUUAGCUGCCUUGAAUGUGCUUGUCUCGACCGUUGUUUCAUUCUGUCACGUCUGCUCUGUCCUUCAGAAACUUUAUUUCAUCCCUUCUCUCUCUCUCUCUCUCUCUCUCUCUCUGUCUCUCUCUCUCUGGACAUUCAAAACACCGCUGACGAUGUCGCCGUUCUGUUUGUGUGUUUUUUUGUUUUGUUUUGUUUUUGUUUUGUUUUUGUUUUUUUUUGGUUAAUUUAUGAGACUCCCAAUCUGAUUAAAUUCUGUAAUUGCCUUGUAUGGGAACUCACUUUUUAUUAAGCCUCUGUUUAAAUACAGACUAUAUAUGAAAUAUUUUAAUAUAAUAGGAUAUGGGAAAUUCUUUAACACAGACAUAACAAAGCCAUUGUGAUCUUUUAAUCAUGCUUAUUGAUACUUGUAUAUUGAAAAGACUACAUUAUAUAAAGGUAAAGAAAUGCUGAUGAUUUUAGUAUGAACAUAAGUUGAAAUGACAAAGAAAAUAAAAUGUUUGGGACUUUUUAAA